CCCGCUUAUCUCGCCUCAUGUCCACCCCGCUAUCGGUCCCGCCGUUACACGAGCAGGAAGGGUCCAUCUCCAGGCCUUGCAGCCUGCGCCCUGGCCGUUUUCGCUCAAGAGUCAUAUUUCCAGCUCAAACUUCCUGACCCUGUAAACUAUUCUCUCCUUACAUCCAAACAUUGCCCAAAAUGGCUCCUCUUCGUCUCGCCAUCCUCGAAGCUGACACCCCGCAGCCCCAAACUCGCGAUCGCUUCGGUGGCUACACCGGUGUCUUCACUGCGCUCCUCCAAGAAGCUGCAAAGCCUCAGAAGCUCGAAGAUCUCGUUACUAUCAAGGGCUACGAUGUCGUGAACGAACUACACUCGUAUCCAUCCCUCGACGAAAUCGAUGCGGUUCUUAUCACUGGUUCUCGACACACAGCGUUCGAUAACGACCCCUGGAUCAUCAAGCUCGUCGAAUUCACAAAAAAAGCCAUCGAUACGAAUCGCAUCCGAGUAGUAGGCGUAUGUUUCGGCCACCAGAUCGUCGGACGAGCUGAGGGCGCCAAGUUGGGACGCAGCAAUAAGGGAUGGGAGGUUGCAGUCACAGAAGUUGAUCUGACAGACAAGGGCAAGGAGAUUUUCGGAUUGGACAAGAUGCGCAUUCACCAAAUGCAUCGCGACAUUGUAGAUGAGUUUCCCAAGGGUUCAAUCCCUCUCGGUUCGAAUGAGAUCUGCGAAGUGCAGGGCUUCUACUCGCCUGGACGAUAUCUCACAGUUCAAGGACACCCCGAGUUCACCAACGAGAUUAUUUCCGAGAUUCUCUUCAAUCGUCAUACGGUUGGCAUCUUCACGGAUGAAGUGUAUAACGAAGCUAUGAAACGCGCGCCACUUCCUCAUGAUGGUGUUGCUAUUGCUAAGGCUUUCCUCAAGUUCUACCGCGAGGGAUAGAGAAGGGAAAAUAAUGCUGGAAUAUGGAUGGAAGAGUUUGUUCGAUUCGAAGUUUUCUAUGCGCAGCCAAACUUGAAAAAGGAGGAAUCGCAAUUGAGCGUUCGAAUUGCACAUUAUACCAAAUGGCGCAAUGCAUAAAUCUGUUUUGCUAGAGUAACGACAUCAAACGACUUUGGAGUAUCAUUCAAAUGAUCAAACACGAAUACAAAUACCUUUUGGAUGCUGACAUUUCUCCGUCUAAUCUAAAUCAUGUUUGACAUAUACGCCAAAUAACCACCCAAUGCAUCCCAAAUGCGCAACGCCAUCUAAUGCAAGUUCAUGAUGCCCCGUCAUGAUCUAGACCUAUGAAAUCCUGGGUAUCAUCCUCCGUACGCUUUCCAAAGCUCUCGACCUUUGUCAUGCAGCUCUUAUUUACACGCCAUGUAGUUCCUCAUUACUCUUCGGCAUCCCACCACUGGGGGACUGCCCUCGCUGCUUUGCGGGCCUCAUUUCCAGCCUGACGAUCCAUUUCCCACUCAGCUUGUUCCUGUUGUCGCCUCUUUUUUGCGAAUCGAGAAUCGAGUGUCAUUUCCUCUCUUGUGCGUCCGACUCUUGCACCCACAUCGGGCACUUCCUGUCGUCUUUUCCAAAAUUGGACGUUGAUGCGUUUGAAAGCCUGACUAUGCCUCCAAGGCUUCUCUUUCAGAGAGAAGACCACGGCAUCAGCCAAGCCGUGGAAACACAGAAAUAUGAUGCUGGCCAGUCUCAUGCCAUAGGGGGCUCCUCGUCCAUAUCCAGUAAGUUGUACGAUGAAGGGCAGAAUCCAAAUGGCGACGUAGACUAUCGGAUAAAUAAAUAGUAACCGGAGUUGUCGCAAGAUCUUUUCACGUGACUUGACAGUACCAGGUGCGUUGAAAUCGCUCUGAGUCAAGACGAGGUCGGUGCCGUUGCUGUGUGGACUGUCUGGUGUGCGACGGAGUAUGGCGAAAAGAUUAGGUAUAGAUGGCGGCCUAGAUGGAGCGUUUGAGCCAUCAGAUCGAUGAAAGAAGUCGGUCUGUAUGGUAUAUGAUGGUGAGACAACAUCGUGGAGAGGUGUUUGGUGGACAGGCUCAGGUUUUGUAUGGGUGGCUAAAGGGGCAAUCACAUCGUCUGAACCACAGCGAGUUGUUCCCGUCGAAUUCUGGGAUCCAACUUCUGCCUGUUCAGACUGAGAUGUCAGAUCCGUACCAAAGUUGGCCAUCCACAUCUGAGUCGAUCCUCUCCGCGCUAGUCGUGCCGAAUGAAGCCUGUUGGGAUGCGUGGAUCCGGACAUGUCCAAAUGGAAAGAGUUGAAUGCCACGAGUGGAGGUCUUGUGGUCCGAUCUUCGAGUAUAGUAAAGGAAUUGCGCCGCGAAGGGUUGGAAGAAGGAAUUAGGCCGUGGUAUCUUAUCGUAGGAGUCGGUGGUACAGUGGUGAUUCCUUGUUGCAAGGGAUCGAGACUUUCAAGACCGGACGUUUUUGAAAGGGUAUUCUUCGAACUUUCAUUCCCGGAGCCGAAUCGUCUCAUCAACACUCGAACGUAAACGUAUACGCCUAUACAUAGGCAGAGAAUAACAGUGAAAGCCAUAUAGCGAGGAAUCCAAGAGAGCGCCAGUCUCUUCCACAUCGGGUUGAACGGUAGAUAGCAAAACUGGCCAGUGUUAAUGUAACCCGGGCUUUCGAUGAAUGCUAAUGAAGCCAUCACAACAGGUAUAAUGGCGGCAAGAGCGUAGGCCGCCUUUCGAUAUGGGUAGAGGCCUUGCUCUCCACGAAAGAUGUACAAUGCAGUAUGUACUGAGAUGAGAGCGACCGAAACGUCAGAAGCUUCUAUACUGAGAGCAAGGAAGAACCCGCUGACUUGACAGAAGGUCUCAGUCGUUUCAAUUUUCCCAGCGACAAGUUCCACGGCGGGGAAGACAAGUAACCAGAAACUCUUGAACAUAUCACUAUAAAUGAGUAACAUGAUGAGGC